UUUCCUGUGUUCACUAUUCCAGCAUUUAGAUGUAAUAUCACAGUAUUGUAGCCAAUUACGACAACCCCUAAAGUGAAACUACUGUAUAUGUGUGUUUAGAACCGAGAAGAAAUACCUACACUUGUUAUAAUGUUUCGCGAAAGAACAAGACUCGAGUAUACGGAGGAAAGUAAUUUACGCAGUAAAGAAAUGGCGUUAUGCGAAAUCUACUUCGAAACUGGAUCGGCGUAUGAGUGUGUAGCAGAACUCGGAGAAUUAAGUGCUGUCCAGUUUAAAGACGUGAAUGAUUUUGGGCGCAAGUAUGUCAAUGAGAUCCUUGACUGCUGUGACAUGGAACAAAAGCUGAAGUUCAUUGAGAAAGAAAUACUGAAAAAUGACAUUCCAAUUCUUGAACCAUCUUAUAUACCAGAUGCCCCAAAUCCAUUAGAUACAAACGAUCUCAAAGUAAUAAUUGAGGGACUCGAGACUGAGCUGGAAAAUGCAGUAAGAAGCUACAACAACAUCAGGCACAUGUACCUCUACUUGGAACAGAAGAGAAUUGUGAUACUUACUACCAACAAGUAUUUUGAACUGUCAGAUCAGAUGCGCUUUCAACCACCUCCCGCUGAAGAUGAGCAUGCUCCGCUGCUUGAAGGGGCUGAGAACAUUCCCAUGUACUCCUGUGAUGACAGCAUAAAAUUCUGUUCUGUUGCUGGGGUGAUCCUGCAGGCAAAAGUGCCAGCAUUUGAGAAGAUGCUAUGGCGCGUGUUUUGCAGGAAUGUAUUUGUACAUGUGAAGCCACUAGAAAUACCAUUUGAAGAUGCAGAAUAUAAUACUCCUGUGCAGAAGGCAGUGUUCAUCAUAUUUUUCCAAGGUGAAUCACUGAAGAAUAAAAUUUACAUUAUCUGUGAAGGCUUCAAAGCGACCAUAUAUGACAGUCCAGAUAACAUGUCCGAACGAGGGGAAAUGCUUUCUACCAUUAAGACAGAUAUGCAGGAUCUGCAGAUAGUGUUGGGAGGAACAUCUGAUUUCCAUCAUCGUCUGUUGCUAGUGGGUGCAAAGAACUUGAGGAUGUGGAACAUGAAGGUGCUGAAAGCAAAGAGCAUAUACUGUACGCUGAACAUGUUCCGAGUCAUGUCCGCCUCUCUGAUUGCACAGUGCUGGAUUCCUGUCUGCAAGAUGGAGUUGGUCACCUCGGCUCUUGUUAGAGGAACUGAGAGGAGUGGGGGCAGUAUGCCUCCUGUGAUCACCAGGCUCAACACUUGCGAAACGCCUCCAACAUACAACAGUGUGAACAAGUACACAGAAGUUUUUCAGGCUCUUGUUGAUUCCUAUGGGUUUGCAAGAUAUGGUGAGAUUAAUCCAGCUCCAUUUUCAAUUGUUACAUUUCCCUUCUUGUUUGCUGUGAUGUUCGGAGAUGUCGGCCAUGGACUGCUCAUGCUGUUUGCUGGCAUCUGCUUCCAAAUGACCGAAGAACGGGUGCAGUGGGUGAAGAUGGGUGAGGUCAUGAAACUACUUUUUCAUGGACGUUACUUGAUCAUUCUGAUGGGUCUGUUCUCCGUAUACACUGGCCUUCUGUAUAAUGAAUGCUUCUCUGUUCCACUCAACGUUUUUGGCUCUCAGUGGACAAUAAACUACACAGAUCACAGUGUACUGGACAACAAAUUUCUGCAGCUGAACCCUGAAACUAAUUUCUCAGCAUCACCAUAUCCAUUUGGGUUUGACCCAGUCUGGAAGGCCAGUAAAAAUGGACUUUCUGUUAUUAACUCUUACAAGAUGAAGUCAUCAGUGAUAUUAGGAGUUGCCCACAUGUUGUUUGGGAUCUUUCUCAGCUUUUGGAAUUUUAGGCACUAUGCAGAUCUUGAAGGAAUCCGUGGACAGUUCAUCCCACGUCUGUUCUUCAUGGCAUCAAUAUUUUUGUACUUGGUGUUCCUCAUUUUUCUGAAGUGGGCACUGUAUGGGCCACAUAAAUCUGAAAAAAGAAGCAGCCAUUGUUCUCCAUCAAUCCUCAUGACACUUAUUAGGAUGGUCCUGCUGCAGAGACUGCCGAGCCGGGAAGGUGAUGAGUGUGACCCAUACAUGUUUCCCUACCAGUAUCACAUACAGCUGUUGUUGUUGUCAGUGGCUGGGAUCUGCAUUCCUUGGAUGAUGUUCUACAAGCCGAUGCGUAUGUGCAUCAAAAAUAGAGCUGCUGCAGCAGGAGCCUUGAGCCCCAAGCAGGGCGAUGGCACCGUCCUACAGCAGCAUGACGAGUCUGGGAUCACUACGCAGUCACCAGAACCUGCAGUAGCAGUAACAGAGACGCAUGCACAGGCUGAAGAGCUCAGCUAUGGCGAGAUGUUCGUUCAUGAAGGAGUGAUGGCAACUGAGUUUGUUCUCGGCGCUGUCUCACACACUGCAUCGUAUCUCCGGCUUUGGGCCUUGUCACUGGCACAUUCUCAGCUCUCGGAUGUUCUGUGGGCCAUGGUGUUCAGACCAGGAAUUCGUGUUGCAGGGCCGCUUGGUCCUGUAUGUACAGCCAUAUGUUUUGCCAUGUGGGCCGUGUUCACCACUGUCAUCUUGAUCAUGAUAGAAGGUCUGUCUGCCUUCCUGCACACUCUGAGGCUGCACUGAUGAUGUGUGUUCCUGGAAAUGUGUCCACUUCAUAUGAGCCCAAGUUUUACCUUAUAAAUAGGACACAUCCCUCUGGAAAUGAAGAACACUUCAUGACGUUUCAUUUCCCUGCUCUUUUAGGUAUGCUGUGUGCGCCCCAACUUGAUGGCCUCGUGCCGUGUGUCUCAAAUGAGGGUCAUAUGCCACAUAAGAUGGCUGGGAUAGCUCAGUUGGUAUAGUUACCAAGUACAGACUGGAUGCUUGUGGAACAAGGGUGUGAUCCCCAGCAGGGGCGAGAGAUUUGUCUCCACCGCAGUGUCCAGACCAACUCUGGAGCCCACCCGGUCUUCUGUCCAACGUGAACUGAGGGCUCUUUUCCCUGGGGUAAAGCGGUUAGUGCUGAGGUUACAAAUGUGUGAACCUGUACCUCCACUCCUCUACUUAAUUAAAUAAGUCUGGGGACAACUUGACCUGACCUUCACCUGUAACGUGUUACAUAUACAAAAAGUUCUGGGGAAAACUAAUCACCUACUUUCCUUUGAUACGACAGAAACCACAUAGAAAACUAAGAAAAUUGGGGGGGGGGGGACAGACAGCAACAUGAUCUCAUAAGCCUCCCAACAAAAGUUGGGGGACACAAAUAGAGAGACUGCAAGGUGAUCUCAUAAGCCUCCCUUUAUUUUUUCAAAGUAAAGAAAUUAGACUAAAAGUGGGAAUAGCAGACAUGCAGACAUCCCCCAUAUGUGGAUGUUUGUAUAUUUCUUAACAGAUAAUCACAUCUUACAAAAGAGUUUGUUUUGGCCGAAUUUGUCAUUGUUUUGCAGUUUGUAUUUACAAAAUUAUGGUCUGCGUUGGGAACUCUGUAGUCAUGUUCUGUGAUUGCCAUAACCCAAACAUAGUAUGUACUGUAGAUGUACACUGUACACAUUAUAUAAAAUUAUUUAAUGCAAACGGCAAGUACUUUAUGCGUACUGGAGGUAAUCAAGUACCCCAAAGCAUCGAGACAUAAACUUGUGCAGCCACUUGAUGUGUGUGAAUGUAACAUUCCCAUCAGUUUUGCAUUUCCUGCAACAUACAUAACAGAAGAAUGCCAAUUAUGAAAUUUGCUCUGCAUCUUGCCUAUGUUUACAUUAGCCAUGGCCAUGCACGUACUCUGGCUGAGUUCUUGUAUUAGUAUACUCAUUCCCAAUCUCUUUUUGUAAUCAUACAAGUAAAUUUUGAUUUCUCAGAUCGAGUAUUAUUUGUUAUUCAAAAUUUUAGUCAGCAUAUAUUGUGAUAAUGACAAGGAAUGCAACCAUAUACCAAUGAAGCAUGGGUACAGGUCUGUGUUCUCAUGAAUUUCAUCGUUUCUUCUGACUGAAAUGGCCCUACAUUUCUUGGACAGGACACUGGCAUGAUGCACGGUGCCAGAGAAGCUCUGAGAACUGGUACUGCUUCGAAACAUAGAGGAAUGAUAGCCCUCAGUUUGCAGUUAUUCAGAGAUGCACCAUAACUCAGAAGAUGUUUUGUCCCCAGAAAUCCAGGAAUUUGAUAGAAAUUGAGGAAGGACAGAGAGGCACACAUCAUGUUGGAUGACUUGGAUCCUUAAGGUCAGUACAGGAACUAUCUUGAUUAAUAUAACCAUCUUCUGGGAUGUGACGCUAUGUAGUUUUGUAGACAGGUACAGGUAUUAUGGUUUGUAGUGUGUUCUUAUUCCCCAAAGACUGAAGCAGCAGGUUUCUCUGAACCAUGGGUAUCUAUCUAUGAAACUGCAUGGUGUCACAUCCAACCAUAUGAUCUUUAAUACUUCAUGUUGUGAGAAUUUCGAAUCUUGAUCUUGACUGAAGUUUUUAACUUUGUCAUUACUGUACGGUCCCCUGAAAUUAGUCAACCCUGGUUUCUCAGGUCCCCCGAAAAUUACUGUGUGGCAUGAGAGGGAUCAGAUAAUCGUGCAAACUUUUGGUUGGAAAAUCAGAAUGGAAGAGACCUCUUGGAAUACCUAAGCAUAGGUGGGAGGAUAAUAUUAAAAUGGAUCUUAAAGAAAUGAAGAACCAGUUUCAUAGUCUUGUGAACAUGGUAAUGAACCUUUGGGGAAUUUCUUGCCUAACUGAGCAAAUGUUAGUUUCUUACAAAAGAAUGGGCCCUGUGUAGUUAGCUAAUGUGUGAGGGGUGUGGAUUGGAUUCAUCUGGCUCAGGAUACAUACCAAUGACAGGCUCUUGUGAAUAUGGUAUUAAACUUUUGGGCUCCAUAAAAUACAGGAAAAUUCUUGAGUAUCUGAGAGACUGUUAUUUACUGUAAAUAACUAUGCUUCAUGGAAAAAGCUGAUUGAUACUGCGUCAUUGAACAGCCAACAAAGGAAUGACCGGUAAACACAGUUCACUCGCGUUGCCAGGGGGGCUCCUGAAAUUGACACAAGAAGACAAUGACUGAGUUAUGAUUUGGGGGUGUCCAGUGUUCAGAAGUAAGCAGUUAUGCAGACAGUGUUCUGGACUGAAUAGUGUCAUGUGAUAUUAACAGAGAAAUGUUUGCAUGUAUCAGGAAAGGUAAUAUUUUCACUUGUCAUUUCACAGUUGGUGUUCAAAAAAACACGAGGCAUUUAAAUAUGCGGACAAAUUUGAUGGAAGAUAGCCUUGGUACUCUGCAGAACUCCGACAUCAUUUCUACCCCCAAAUUUGGUAAGUGAAAUUAUUUUUGUUUCUGACAGUUGGUGUUCUUAGGGGCAGAUGUAUCUUCUGAGCAGAUUAUGCCUUUUGAAGGGUUUGAUAUUUUCACAGCGAUGUAGUUCUUAUUAUGAUUGCCUGAGUUAUCACACCUUGCAGUCUGGUAGGUUAAAUACAAACAUUAUGGAAAAUUCACCUCCUUCCAUGUUUGGAACAGAAAAUAGCGGCAGUAUGUUCCUAUGAAACGCCUGUAACCAGCUACCAGACUACAUAACGUCGUAGUCCGGAAGACCAGAGUGUUAGUUUUUGUAAGAUUUGAGGUCUCUGUGGUAGUGAAGGUUCUUAAUUUGGUUCUUGGGACCUUCCUACUUUUUGAAGAUGGUUUGUUCUGUGAUGUGCUGGUGUGAAGUCAUGUAGGCUGUUAGUGACAUAUCAAAAGAACCUGCUUUCUCUAUUUCUCUGAUCUUCCCUGAAGAGGGAAGCAGCAGGUUACUCUGAUAGCUUGUAGCUAUCUCCUGAACCAGCAAUUCCCAAAGAAGGAGACGCCCUGCAGGCACCAUGAAACCUGGUUGUGCGUCAGAAACGCCAGAUGUGCAAUGUGACUGGUUACGUUAGAUUACAGACAUACACAGCAGCAUAGGAAAUGUGUUUCAUAUAAAUCAUUAAGGUUCUCAAAUAAUUAUAUAUUUAAAUCACUAACCAAAUUUUAAGAUAUUUUUAUAUGUUUGGAGGCAGGGUUGCUAGCAGGUUGGCAUAGUGGUAAAACUCUGUUUUCAUAUGUGGGGCUGUUGGUUUGAAUCUUGGCUGGGAUGCUGCAUUUUGUGGUUUUCCUCCCUCCCUCCAGACAAGUUCCAGGAUAAUAACUUGGUUAGCCAUGACUUUUUCCUUCCGGAUCUUUUCCAGUUCACUUAUCUUCCCACCAUGCAACGCUGCAUAGUGGAGAUCCUGGCAGCAUCAGAUCAUGAGUCACAGAAAUGUAGGCUCGGGGCCUCAGUCAUUUUUAUUCAUAUCAAGGGAGCCGCAGACUAAAGGAGUUUGGGAACCACUGUACCAGACUGUACGGCGCCAUGUCCCUAUACCGUGAA